AUGGAAACAGGUCUCCGAUCUCGGAAGCGGAAGCAACAUCCAUCGAAAUCUGAUCCAAUUGGUGGCAUCUUUACUCGAAGUAAGGAGCAGAUUUAUCUCCACCGACACCGAUCUGGUUACGCUCGAGCCGAUUCCGUUCGAAACCGUAAUGUUAUCCAGUUGCGGAGAACUACACCUAAAUCAUUAGUAAGCCAAAAAGCAUCGGAAGCUACAAGUGAUCAAAUUACAAAUCAAGUAUCGGUGAAGGAUCUUCGUGCGAGGAGGGUAUUUUCUCCCACCACGAUUUCGGAUGAGGUUGUUGGUGUUGGCACAGUCGGUUUGGAAGCUGAUCUCGAUGUUCGUGAGUCUAACAGUGGAAAAUUUAACGUGUUGUCUUCUGAAGGUGAUGCUGUUUGUAGUGAGUUGGGGGUUUCUGACUCUGUUGUCAACGAUCUGAAAGCUAGAUCGGAAAAUGUUGCGGAUAUUUAUUCGAUUAGGGAGAGCAAUGUCAUGGAAGUUGAUGAGUUUGUUCAGAUGACACCAACAAUCGCAGAACCUGACCAAAACAAGGAGGUUGGAGAAAAGAAUGGUAUGAUUUCUGUUGCCAACGAAAUCAUAGAUGCCAAAGGUUCAAUGAGCAAGAGCCAAUACUCGGCAACAAGUUUGCGUGGCAGAAGGAGGGUAUUCAAAAGUCCAAGCUCGUUUAGCUAUAGAAGGUUGCUCCCUUAUCUAAAGGACUUUGGAAAAGAUGAUUCUCCAAAUUUUGAGAUAGUUGAGGCGACAUUGCCUGAAAAGGUUCAGAAAUCAAGUAACAUGUCCCCAAACAAGGCCGCCUGUAAAGACCAGGAGAUUGAUGCAGUGUCUGAUUGUAGCAAAUUGGCAGAUGGUGCAUUUAAUAAUGUGAAAAAUAGUGAAAAACAAUAUUCAAACAGUGUGAAUCCUAAUUCAAUCAGGACCAUUGAGAGCUCUGGAUCGCCUGAUGUGGGGCAGAAAAGCCAUGAAGAUGUUUUCAACCACACAUUAGAGGAGCCCGAGCAGACGACACCACCUGAUUCAGAUAUCUACUGUAAGCCCAAAAUUGAUAAAAGCUGUGGUGUGCUUGUAAAGCCAACAGAUGCUGGCACUGUAAGGAACUGCAGCAACGAAGGCAAUGAUUCUAUCUCAGCAUCUAAGCUGGUACUUAAACCAUGUUCUAGAAUGAAGGAACUGCAAAUGCCAACCUCCUUUAGUCAUAGAAGAUUGCUUCCAUUCUUGAUGAGUGUUUCCAGAGAUGAUUCAUGCGCCUCAAAGGCCAAUCAAUCCUUAAAACUUGGGAAGGCUAUGGAGCAAAAACAACAGCCAAUGCUCUUUAGUCAAAGAAUUAGUAUGGAAGACUCUAAAACAAAUGGUAACUCUGGACAACCAAGUACUGCAGAUGAGAAAUCAGAUUCUCCUACGUCUACGUUGAUUCCAAUUGAUGCAUCAUGUGAUAGAAUUAAGACAGAUGGUCUAGUUUCGAGUGAGAUUGUUAUGGAUAUUGACGAGACAGAUAUGGAGUGCAGUAGAUCAACUUCUCAGUUGGAUGUGAAGUUACAAGCCGAAGCAGUUAAAUUUGACAGUUCCAUCAAAUUGGAACAAGAAUUGCCCAAAAGUAAUUCGGAAUGUGUUGAAGAACCAACUUCUAAGGCUAUAUCACUGUGUUCUACAACUAGGCUAGAAACGUUGUCCAACAUAGGUACUGAACAUAGUAUUGAUACUACUAAUGAUUUCAUGAGGAUAAGGAAUAGUAACAGUGAAGAGAAGCAGAAUACAGUCAAUGAAAUCACACACCAAUCUUCAACACAGAUUGUACCACUAAAAUCUCCAGGAAUCGAAGGGGAAAAUUUCAGAAAUGGAAUCCUGAAGAGAACUCCACGAGGGUGCAGAGGGACCUGCAACUGUCUGAAUUGCACAUCAUUCCGUCUACAUGCCGAAAGAUCCUUCGAGUUCUCUAGAAAUCAGAUGCAUGAUGCUGAAGAGGUUGCAUUAGAGCUGAUCAAGGACUUGGCACAUCUCAGGAACAUUCUAGAAAGAACUGCCAGUGAUUCUAAUUAUUUUGCUACUCUCAAGGAAGAACAGUUGAAAGAAGUGUGUGAAAAAGCUUUGUACAAGGAAGAAGUAGCAAGAGCACGGUUGGCACAAAUGAACGAGGAUGUGAGCAUUCACUGUAGAAGCAUGAGGUUGUUGAGGCCAAAGGUGACAUUUGCCAGCAAGAUUGAAGAAAAAGUAUUUUCAAAGGAAAGAAGAGCAUGAAGGAAAGAUGUUUGUUAUUUGGUUAAACUUUUGUUGCUUGUUUGCAAUUGUAUCCAUCACUUAGACACAUUUAUGGAAAUACAAAUGGUUUCAAGUU